UAGCGCUGCGGCAGGCGCCUUCGCAUCACACACGCACAGCUGGCCUCCUCGCCGGGUGCCAGCUGCACGGUCGCAGUCCUGCUCCGGAGAUCAGGAGGCAGGGCAAGGAGGGGCUCCCCUCGGGAGACCUCCGUGGCCCAGACCUCCCCCCCCCACUGCUUCCCUGGGACCCUGCCGGCCCCGAGGGGUCACUGGCAACGGCUCAGCCCCCAUGAAGCCCGCCAGGGCGUCCCAGCGCUACAGAAGCAUCCGGAGAAACACCGGCCAGCGCUGCCUGUACCAGGAGUCCCUGCUGCUCGGCAAGUUGGACGACAGCUUUAAUGCUGAUGAAACAGGGGACAGCAAUGAUCCAGAACAAAUCUUCCAGAAUAUUCAGUUCCAGAAAGAUCUCAUGGCAAACAUUCGCUGCAGACCCUGGACCAUGAGGCAGAAGCUGGGAGCACUGAGGCGAGCGAAGGAGAUUGUGCUGAAGUUCGAAGGGAGGCUGACCAGGACCCGAGGAUACCAAGCGGCAGGUGCAGAGCUCUGGCGGAAAUUUGCUCGCGGGGCCUGUAACUUCAUGGUCACCUUCAUCCCCUGGGAAAUGAGGAUAAAGAAAAUCGAGAGUCAUUUCGGAUCUGGUGUUGCCUCCUACUUCAUAUUCUUGAGAUGGUUAUUUGGAAUUAAUAUUGUGCUCACAAUUAUGACAGGUGCUUUUAUUGUCAUUCCAGAGCUCAUUGCGGGCCAGCCCUUCGGAAGCACGGACAGCAAGACGAUCCCCAAGGAGAGUGUUAUGUCUGCCGAAGACCUGGACACCGUCUGGUCCCUGGGGGGUUAUCUACAGUACUCUGUCCUCUUCUACGGCUAUUACGGCAGGGAGAGAAGGAUCGGGAGAGUGGGCUACCGGCUGCCCCUGGCGUACUUCCUGGUGGGCAUGGCUGUGUUUGCUUACAGCUUCAUCAUCCUCUUAAAAAAGAUGGCCAAGAACUCGCGCACGAGCCUCGCCAGAGCCUCCAAUGAAAACUACACGUUCUGCUGGAGGGUGUUCUGUGCCUGGGAUUACCUCAUCGGAAACCCGGAGGCCGCCGAGAGCAAAACGGCCGCCAUCGUAAACAGCAUCAGGGAGGCCAUCCUGGAAGAACAGGAGAAGGAGAAAAGUAAAAACCCGGCAGUGACCGUGUGCCUGAGGGUUAUUGCCAAUAUCCUGGUGCUUCUGUCGCUCGCCGGGAGCAUCUACCUCAUCUACUUCGUGGUGGACCGGUCCCAGAAGCUGGAACAGUCAAAGAAGGAGCUGACGCUCUGGGAGAAGAACGAGGUGAGUGUGGUCGUCUCCCUGGUCACCAUGCUGGCGCCAUCAGCCUUCGACCUCAUCGCCGCCCUGGAGAUGUACCACCCGCGGACCACGCUGCGUUUUCAGCUGGCAAGGGUCCUCGUGCUGUACCUGGGGAACCUCUACAGCCUGAUCAUCGCUCUCCUGGACAAAGUUAACAGCAUGAGCGCUGAGGAAGCUGCCACCAGCAGUAACGCGAGCCACUGGACGGGGUCUGCCGUCUUCUCUGCCGCCAGUGCGGCCCCUGAAGGGGAGAAAUGGGCCACGCGUGGGCCCGGGACCGGGCUCGGGAGAAGCGGAAUGUGGACCCCAGAGGAGGCUGGCCUGCCGACCCCCCCCUUGCCCCUCGCGGGGGCCAACAAGACCGCCAUCUACACCCAGAGUCUUCAAGACCAGUGCUGGGAGACAUACGUCGGCCAGGAGAUGCUGAAGCUUUCCAUCAUCGACAUGCUCUUCACCGUGGCCAGCGUUCUGCUCAUCGACUUCUUCCGAGGACUUUUCGUCCGGUACCUGAGCGACUACUGGUGCUGGGACCUGGAAAGCAAGUUUCCUGAAUACGGGGAAUUCAAAAUAGCAGAGAACGUGUUACAUUUAGUCUACAACCAAGGAAUGAUUUGGAUGGGGGCCUUCUUCUCCCCGUGCCUCCCGGCGUUCAACGUGCUCAAGCUGAUCGGGCUCAUGUACCUGAGGAGCUGGGCCGUGCUCACCUGCAACGUGCCCCACCAGCAGGUGUUCCGAGCCUCCAGAUCCAACAACUUCUACCUGGCGAUGCUCCUGUUCAUGCUGUUUCUGUGCAUGCUGCCCACCGUCUUUGCUAUUGCUCGGUACAAGCCGUCUCUGAACUGCGGGCCCUUCAGCGGACAAGAGAAGAUGUACGACGUCGUGUCGGAGACCAUCGAGGAGGACUUCCCCGCGUGGUUCGGCUCCGUGGUGGGGUACGUCAGCAGCCCCGUGGUCAUCCUGCCGGCCACUCUGCUGCUGUUCAUGGUCAUCUAUUACCUUCAGAGCAUCGCAAGAUCCUUAAAGCUCAGCAACCAGCAGCUCAGAAUGCAAAUCCAAAACGCCAGAUCUGAAGACAAGAAAAAGGUUGCCCAAAUGGUAGAGGCCCGAAUCCAAACCCAAGACGAAAGCAGCAAGAGGCUUCCCAAGGACGGCGACCUCGGCAGCCAGCUGUCCUCAGCUCACUCGGGGACACCCCAGAGCAACGGCGCCGUGGUCAAUUGGGACUCAUGCAGCAGUGAGAGUGGCAGGGUAGAGGCCGCUGCCCAGCACACACCCCCAAGUCCCCAGCCAGGCCCCCGCAGCCCCAGCUCGCCUCUUCCCGGCACGUCCAAACCCAGGCCGGGGCAGGACACGAACAGGCGCCCGCGUGGUCCUUGUGUGAGCACAGGUGACCGGCACAGGAGCAGACCCCGCUCACCUGUGAUGCUGACAAAGCCCAUCGAAGACGCUCACUCAGAACCUCUUUUCCGAAAAGGCUUUCAGCACAUCAGCCCUCCCCUUGGCGGACCGGGCCCCUCGGCCUGGGCACCGCGUGGUCGCAGGCCCCAGGCCCCCAGCUACUACAUCAUUAAUGAGCGAGACUCUCACAAAAAUUCCCAUCCAACUUUCUGGCCAGAGAGACAUUUCCGGAUGGAUGCCCUGGGGGACCUGGUGGAGGUGUACCCCAGGAGCACGCGACAAGCUGUGUCCCGGGGCCCCCGGCAGGGUGGCUCCCCGCAGCUGAGUGAGGAAGACGAGGAUGCCCCACGGAGGCAGCUGAUGGAAGGUUCUUUCCACCCACACGCCCCGGCGGGCCUCCGAGGGCCUCCUCACUUCUAUGUUGGCGAAAGGUCAGAGAGGCAGACCCCGGCCCCCAAGCGCCAGGGAAGGGUGCCCCACGGGUCCUGGAGUGACGGCUUGGAGACUCAACCCGACAGGCCGGUGUACGUGUACAAGAAACCACGCUCCCGGGGCUCCCAGUACCCACAGCACCCCCCGAACCUCAGGGACAGGCCGGAGUUUGAGCCGCCCCUGACGGAAUCGGACUCCGUGUCAGCAGCGUCCAGCAGCGACCAGCAGGACAGCAGCCGUGAGCGAUACUUCUGGGUCCCCCACGGCAAGGGCAGGUUCCCAAGGCCUGCGCUCCAGCUCGGCAGGAGAAAGGCCACAUCCAGGCAGGAGCUGAUCGCGGAUCUGAAUGACCUGGUUUGUUCUAACGUCUAGAGACUUCGUCCUGUUGGUUCGGAGCUCAGUUGGAGUGCUGGUCUGCUGGUCUGACGGCGAAUGGUUCCCCCCCCCCCCCCCGCCCACUUCUGGAAGGAGACUCGAACACACAGCCCCAGGACAGGGCUACAGUUCCGGUUUCUCCAGCAACCGCCUGCGCUGGGCUGCGUCCACGGGUCUCUUUGUGGCCAGCACGUCCGGAGCAUCAGGCUGUCGUUUCAAAAACUUCCAUCCCCUCCAUCCGUUCAGGGCGCCCACAGGUCACGGGCAAGCCAGACAGCUCAGCCUGACGGCAGAACCCCUUGUGAGAUGUCUGUGUUGUCCUUACUCACGCGUGUGCACCGUUUGAGCCGUGACGCCCGUCACGUCUGUCUCGGCACACGGAGCUCCCUCCAGGCUCCCUGAUGACACCCAGGAAUGAGGCGCCUGCCCCCCAAGACUUCACGGCGCUUAAUUAGUUCAUAUGAACCGUCAGUCUAGGAAUGGCGGGAGUGAGUACGGUGUGAGAACUUCUCCUGCCGUUUACCGGGCUGCGUGAAUGUCCGUAUUAACGAGGACGCAAGGCUAGGAAGUAACGGGAUCCCCGGGGUUUAUUGGUUCCUUUAACUGGGAAGGAUGGGAAUCAAGCCGGCUUCAGGCUCAGCUGGACCUGGGUGUCGAACGUCUUCAGGAUCCCCUGUCUUUUUACCUCCCAGCUCUCCCUGUGUGUCGACCUCAUUUUCUCCCACCGGUGACAGGCUUCCUCCAGGUUGUAGGUGGAAGAGGAAUUCACGGAGGCAGAAAACGCCGGGUGGAGACCAGCCAGCCGAUGGGCCCGGGGGAAGGGAGGGAGGUGUCCAUCCCGUCACGUGAUCUGCACCUGUGGUGGCCGACGCCCCAUUCGCGGGCACUGCGCAGGGCUCUGUAGCAGUGGGGGUUCAUUCGGCCGUGGCCAACCGGAGGCCACCCCCAGUCCUAUCUCCAUGACCCCUCUCGCCACUCCAGAUUGUGUCUUUCAACUUUUCCGCCGCCUCCACCAGCCUGUGGAACAAAGCGGUGUUUGUUCAUUUCUGGGCCCUCCCCCUGCCCCCAGAACCGACACGUGACAGGGCUUGUCCUCCUCUUCCAUUGCUGUGUGACACUUGGUGGCUUAAAGCAGCACACAGCUUUCAUCCUACGGUGUCUGUGGGCCGAGCACGGACGCAGCUGGGUGCUCCGUCCAAGGUCUCCGCCAGGCUGUCCAUCGCGGCUGGGGGCCUUUUCGGAGCAGCUCGCGUGACUGUUGGCAGAAUUCAUCUGCUGGAGGCUGUGGCCGGCCCUCCGCUCCCGGAGGCCGGACACACGUCCCUGCUGCGUGGCCCUCUGCGCAACGUGGCCGUCUGCCUCACCAAGCAGCAAGAGGAUACCCCGUCGGCUCUGAAUCUCCUCCAGGGAAGUCCCAGACGCUCUUGCCAAAGAGCCCACCUGAUCGGGUCAGGCCCCCCCAGAGGGAUCUCCCUUCUCAUCACGUCAACGUUAACCGGUCAGAGACCUCCAUUACAUCUCCAGAACCAUCUUUAUCGUGGAACAGCACCUGACGGUGGGAGUGAGAGCUCAUCAUAUUCGUGAGUGCCGGAAACGUACAGCAGGGAGCAGGCGACACAGUUGACCUGGGAGCCCGCACUCAGUGUAAGAUACAGAUUAAUACAAAGCCCCGUGUGGCGAGCACCCCCACCCCCGCUGGAUCAACGAUUACUACGAUUUUACUUGAUUUCCAUCUAUCACCGUGUUAUCAGUCGUGAGAAAAUAUUACAGAUACAACCAGAGUGCAUUGUAAUCCCUACACAGAGGUCCACACCCCUCUCGCCCUGCCAAGAAUUUGGUAUACGUCCAUAGUUGUUUACAGCUACAUACGGGGUGUGUGUGUGUGUGUGUGUGUGUGUAAAUAUGUGUGUAGAAACAUCCGUAACCAUACGCAAGCGCGUUUUGCUUAAGCAAAUACUAUCGUAUUGCCUGUAUCACUUUACAUCUUUAUGUGUUCGAGGCCUAUCAACAAAACAUAAAGAUCAAGUUCACUUGUAACUGCUGCCUAGUAUUUCACCGUAGGAAUAAACUCAGUACCGUUCCAUUUCCUGUC